UCUGAAAGAACCCAUAGUACUGUGCACUCUGUGCACUUAAUUACGCUAUUUUAGGAAAAAGUCGUGACCCUCUUUUUGCCUCAACUCUAUUUUUCGUAGAUCUUGAUUUACUUUUAAAUAAUUCGUGUUCGUUUCGUGAAACAACUACAAAUCGCGUGGAAUUCUAAGUCUAUAUGAAAAGAGGCAUUAAGGAAAAGGCUGGUUACGAUCCUUUGAAUGUGAGAAUCGUCUUUUACAUAGUUUCUUCUUUUACGUGUCUAUGGCCAUUUUCUUGAUUAAAAAAUGUUUAGUGAUGUGAUUAUUUUUAAGUUCCACACAGCCAGUGUAAUUAUAAUAGCAAGUGAAUAAAAGUUAGGAUAAAGUUCUUGUAAUUGAAGAAAGAAUAAGUGGUGCUAGUAAAGUUUGCCUGCAAGAAGGAUAUGUAUGAUAAAUAGUGUUCGAGCGUGGAAUUAAUGCUAGCAUUGAACACAAUUUCGGCGAUUAAUGCAUCGGUACUUCUAAAAUUGACGACAUAAAAUGCUAAUUGAAGAAAGAAAGAAAGAGAGAAUCUCGUAUCUUCCUAGGCUUUCUACGUUUUUUCUUUCAUCAUUUACCCUUUAAUUCCUUCUUCGAUCUUAGCCCUUGGGCUUUUACUUCCCCUUUUUCUCUUUCUCUCUCUCUCUCUCUCUCUCUUUCACACAUACAUUUGAAAGUUUACUAUUUCAAUCCCCACUUUCGUCCUUAGUUUCUCUCUCACUCUCACCCUUUUCGUCCACACCUAGCCUUUCCUCGCAUAACCUCGACCUCGUCACAGAUCUGUAUGAAGAAGAAACAUGAAAUUGUGUUAGUGACUGAAAUUUUCAUUUUGUGGAUAAGAUUGUGACAGGUUCAUGUGAUCAAAUUAAGAUUCCAUAUAAAUGUGUCGAGCACGUUAUAAAAAGUGAAAAAUACGAAGAAGAGGAAGAAGAAUCAACGACAAGGAACGGCUGCGAGCGAGUUUAUUUUUAGUGUGCGCGCGCGCCCCUCGAAGGCGCUGAGAGUAGUGUUAUAUUAUAUUAAGCAAAGCGGCGGUGACCCGAUGAAGCGGCGUAUGUGACAUCCAAUUUUCUCUAGUCACCUCCACUAAAAGACUUUGCAGACCUUCCAAGUGACUACUUUGAGAAGGAUUGCUUUCAAUGGAUGCGUUCAAAUCCAGUUCUUGUGAUUAAAAGAAAAAUAGACCUAAAUCCAUAUGAAAAGAAGGUAUAUCUUCAUAAAAAUACUAUGGUACACUUCGACUUAUGGAAAUUGAUGUCAAAAUGCCGUAAAGGCCAAUAAAAAUAAAGAUGAGACUGAAGAACUCAGAUUGCCAUUGACACCCGAAAAAUAUCUGAUUGUAAAAGGAGUCGAACCUGUAGAUAGCAGUUUAAGAAGUGGAUGAAAAAUUUUCACGCAUGCAGUGCUGGACUUCCAUCAAAUUAGAGGCACAAAGUGCAAAACUUCGGGUACUUAUUGACAAGAUCAGAGAAGAGUGGUGAAAUUGGCGAAAGCCAUAUUUAAGGAAAAAACGAAAUGGCGACAAUAGAUGGGCGACCAGCUCAGUAUGGAAUUACACUUAAGCAACUACGAGAGCUUAUGGAGCUUCGAGGUCGCGAAGGUGUUAAUAAGAUUAAUAGCCAUGGAGGAGUACAAGAGAUCUGCAAAAAAUUAUAUACUUCCCCCAGUGAAGGUCUCAGUGGAUCAGAAGCAGACAUUCAGCAUAGGCGAGACACGUUCGGAUCAAACAUGAUACCUCCUAAACCACCAAAAACAUUUUUACAAUUAGUAUGGGAAGCACUGCAAGAUGUAACGUUAAUCAUUUUAGAGAUAGCUGCGUUGGUUUCAUUAGGUCUCAGUUUUUAUCAUCCUUCUGAUGAUAAUGCACCUCCAGGAAUAGAUGACGAUGAGGCAAAGUAUGGUUGGAUUGAAGGACUUGCUAUUUUGAUAUCCGUCAUUGUGGUGGUUAUAGUGACAGCUUUUAAUGAUUAUUCUAAGGAGCGUCAAUUUAGAGGUCUUCAAAAUAGAAUAGAAGGGGAACAUAGAUUCUCCGUUAUCAGACAAGGAGAAGUAAAACAAAUUUCCGUAUCCGAUAUAAUUGUAGGUGAUAUUUGUCAGAUAAAAUAUGGAGAUCUGCUUCCUGCAGAUGGUAUUCUCAUACAAAGCAACGAUCUCAAAGUAGAUGAGUCCAGUUUAACUGGAGAGUCGGACCAUGUGAAAAAGGGAGAAACUUUCGAUCCCAUGGUCCUUUCUGGGACACAUGUAAUGGAGGGAUCUGGUAAAAUGUUAGUAACUGCAGUUGGCGUUAAUUCACAAGCAGGCAUUAUUUUUACUCUUUUGGGAGCUGCUGUAGAUCAGCAGGAACAGGAAAUCAAAAAAAUGAAAAAAGAGGCUAAAAAGCAGAGGAAGAAGAAGUCACUAACAGGUAAUGAAACUGGAGAAAUCACUGGAAAUAGCCACGGCAGUAGUGCCGUGAAGCACGAGGGAGGAGAAAAUCACCAUAGUUCAGCUCCAGCACAUUCAGAAGAAUCAGGAAAGAAAGAGAAAAGUGUCUUGCAAGCCAAGUUAACAAAACUAGCUAUUCAAAUCGGUUAUGCAGGUUCAACGAUAGCCGUACUCACAGUUGUCAUUCUAGUCAUUCAAUUUUGUGUUAAAACUUUUGUCAUUGACAAAAAGGAAUGGAAAAGUUUCUAUGCUAAUGAAUUAGUGAGGCAUUUAAUCAUUGGUGUAACAGUGCUGGUCGUUGCUGUACCUGAAGGCUUACCACUUGCUGUUACUCUGUCUUUAGCAUAUUCAGUUAAGAAAAUGAUGAAAGAUAAUAAUUUGGUGCGUCACUUAGAUGCUUGUGAAACUAUGGGAAAUGCUACUGCCAUUUGCUCGGAUAAAACGGGAACUCUAACGACCAAUAGAAUGACCGUAGUUCAAUCAUAUAUUUGCGAGAAAAUGAGCAAAACUUCCACGUUUUCGGAUAUUCCGAGUCAUGUUGGCAAUUUGUUGAUUCAAUCAAUAUCUAUUAAUUCAGCAUACACAUCCAGAAUAAUGCCCUCACAAGACCCUACUGAAUUGCCGAUGCAAGUUGGUAACAAAACCGAAUGUGCCUUAUUGGGAUUUGUAGUGGCUCUGGGCAAGAGUUAUCAAAACGUGCGUGACGAUAACCCCGAAGAAACAUUUACUCGAGUGUAUACUUUCAACAGCGUUAGGAAAAGUAUGUCUACUGUUGUUCCCAGAGAAGGUGGAGGCUUCAGGCUUUUCACCAAGGGCGCUUCCGAAAUCAUCAUGAAGAAAUGUGCCUUUAUUUACGGUCGAGAGGGUCAUCUGGAAAAAUUUACCAGGGAAAUGCAAGAGCGCCUGGUGAAGAACGUAAUUGAACCGAUGGCAUGUGACGGACUCCGCACAAUUUCUAUUGCUUACCGAGAUUUUGUUCCUGGAAAGGCUGAAAUUAAUCAAGUUCAUUCAGACAACGAGCCUAAUUGGGAGGAUGAAGAAAACAUUGUCAAUAAUCUUACGUGUUUGGGUAUUGUUGGAAUCGAAGAUCCCGUUCGUCCUGAGGUGCCAGACGCGAUCAGGCGGUGCCAGAAAGCUGGCAUCACUGUGCGAAUGGUGACGGGUGAUAAUAUAAACACCGCGAGAUCGAUAGCUCUCAAAUGUGGAAUCUUAAAGCCAAAUGAAGACUUUCUCAUAUUAGAAGGUAAAGAGUUCAAUAAGCGCAUCAGAGACAGUCACGGAGAAGUGCAGCAACACCUUCUUGACAAAGUGUGGCCCAAACUGAGAGUACUUGCCAGAUCCUCUCCAACUGAUAAAUACACGCUUGUGAAAGGCAUCAUUGACAGCAAAGCAACGGUGAGCAGGGAAGUAGUUGCCGUCACCGGAGAUGGAACAAACGACGGUCCAGCGCUUAAGAAAGCAGACGUCGGUUUCGCCAUGGGCAUUGCUGGAACCGACGUUGCUAAGGAAGCAUCUGAUAUUAUCUUAACUGAUGACAAUUUUUCUUCUAUCGUUAAGGCGGUAAUGUGGGGCAGAAACGUUUACGACAGUAUUGCCAAGUUUUUGCAGUUUCAAUUAACCGUUAAUGUUGUUGCUGUAAUCGUUGCUUUUAUUGGUGCUUGUGCUGUUCAAGAUUCGCCAUUAAAAGCAGUACAAAUGUUGUGGGUCAAUCUUAUAAUGGAUACAUUAGCUUCUCUUGCUUUAGCUACAGAACUACCAACUCCGGAUCUCCUUCUUCGGAGGCCUUAUGGUAGAACAAAACCUCUUAUAUCGCGAACGAUGAUGAAAAACAUUAUUGGGCAAGCAAUUUAUCAAUUGACUGUUAUUUUUACGCUUCUCUUUGUUGGUGACAGACUUCUUGGCAUCGAAACAGGUCGGAAUAAACAUGACCAAGGGCCCACCCAACAUUUUACUGUUAUUUUUAAUACUUUCGUUAUGAUGACUUUAUUUAAUGAAUUUAAUGCUCGAAAAAUUCAUGGCCAGAGAAAUGUCUUCCAGGGGAUAUUUACUAAUCCUAUCUUCUAUUCAAUUUGGAUAGGCACAUGCCUUUCACAAAUAGUUAUUAUUCAGUAUGGUAAGAUGGCAUUCAGCACAAAAGCAUUAACGUUAGAGCAAUGGAUGUGGUGUCUAUUCUUUGGAAUCGGUACUCUUUUGUGGGGCCAACUAGUAACAACAGUUCCUACACGCAAGAUUCCUAAAAUUCUUUCAUGGGGCCGCGGACAGCCGGACGAUAUUGGUGCCAUAAAUCUGGGAGACGAGAAGUACGACCCUGACUCGGACAAAAAGCCGCGCGCAGGACAAAUUCUUUGGAUCCGCGGUCUCACACGACUACAGACUCAGCUUCGAGUAAUCAGAGCUUUCAAGUCGACUCUGGAAGAUUUGGAGGAGCGUCGCUCUGUUCAUAGUUUACACAGCUUACACAGUAUGCGCAGUUCACGCAGUCACACUGGACCCCGACCACUAUCUGACUUCACUUACAUUGACGAAGACCCGACAAACACCGCGCUGAAUGUCUCCAAGCUCUUUCAUAAAGGAAGCCAUGUCAUUGUCGACCAAUCGCAAGAGCACGAAGUCAACAACCGGGGAUCCAGAGUACCAACACUCAACAGUCCAGCUUCACCGCUGCUGCUGCACGUUCCUGGAAGUGGCAUAGCGUAUAAUCAUCAUAAUUCCACCGCCAAUAGCAAUAGAUUCAAUAAUAUUUUCAGUGAGCCUUUGAGCCCCAGUCACACGCUGCAAACGAAUGUUAAUGAGGAUAAUGCGGUCCACUCAUUUCGAAUUAGUUCCAGUAAUUUGAUCCUUCCCGAAAUGCCUAAACUCGUACACGAGACAAGCAUUUAAAUGGAAAUGUCUAGUAUUUCGCGAUGAACAAUCUUUUGUGAAACUCAGUUUUCCAAUUAUUUUCAUCUUUAUAUGAUCUUCUCAAAAAAUUUCAUGCUUGGAUUAAUAUUAAAAUUCUUAAUUAACAUAAUGUUUCUUUGUGCUCCUCACCCUCGUCUCGUACCUCUUGAGGUCGACUUACUUACUCUCUCUCUCUCUAUCUCUCUCUUGUACUACUUUCUUGCUUUUAACUUUCAUCAUUAUCAUUUUUUUACUUACGAAUAAUUAGUUUCGCUUUCGACAUCAUUUUGUUUGUAACAAGAAAAUAAAAAAAUCAGACUAACCUGGACUCAUGUGUGAUCAUAAUCUUAUGAUAGUAUUUGAAUCAUUUUUUGUUGUAAACAGGAGCAAGUUUCACGUCAUUCAAAAUCGAGACCAUAUUCAGGUUUGCCAAUAGCUCGUCUGUUGAACCUGAACUUUCACAUACAGGCCCAUCACCUGUAACGCAUUUUCCCUUGAUCAAUGCACGAAUUGCUAACUGAUAAACUGAUAAACUGAUAAAAACUGAUGUAAAAAGAAAAUCAAACCAUGAAUAAUCUACAUUUUGAAUUGAAUAACCCUCAAUCAUGUAACUAACUGUGUUAUUCUCAUAAUUAUUGCUGGCUUAAUUAUCCAAAACCAAUGACUAAUUGACAACAUUAAUCUGCUUGCACGUUCAGAUCCCGUUAAUCUUUGAAAUAUUUUGCUUGUUUGCCUGCUUUGCUUGUUUGCUUGUGGAUUUGAUAUCGAUUGCAAAAUGUGAUUAUUAUUAAUGAUCAUUCUUCAACUCAUAUUUAUGUCAUAUCAUAUUAAAGAUUGCGACUGUAUUAUGCUACUAUUGAAAAUGAUUGUUUGUUGCAUAGUCUUUAAUAAGAUUUACAUGAUAUCUUUAACUUUGGGGGAACGAGACGAUAGUAGGGGGAGAUUCGUCAUGUCAAAUAUGGAACAAUUGUAUAUUCUUGUACUUUAAACUAUUUUUAAGAAUUAUUACUGUUUAACAUGUAUCUACAUGAUUCUUUCCCCUCUUGUUAAAAAAUAAUUAUAUUAUUUUUCGUCGCAAGUGUACUUAGCAACAAGCAUCAAUCCUGUUUCUACUUUUCAACAACUAUUAGUUACUAUUAUUCAUUUCAUUUUUUAAUUAAUAGAAUUCAAUUAAAAUAUCAACAUCAGUGGGGCUCACAGAGGCAGAACGUUAUAAAAUUUAAUAUUUGGCUAUUGCAGUGUUUGCAAGUUUAUUUCAUUUAAUAUUUUCAAUGUUGAAUCAAAGCAUUUUCCGAGGUUAAAGACACUGUUAAAUUGUAAAAAUCUAUAAAAUGAAUCCAUAGAAAUGAAAAACAAAAAGAAAACAUUUUAAUUUUGCUUGGUAAUGUAAGUUUUAUUUUAUUUAAUAUAAUUUUUAAGUUUACAUCGUUAACAUAUGUGCUUCUGCAUACAAUACUUGAGAUAUGCAGACGCAUUACAUUUUACUUAACAACUGUUGUUAAUCAUAUUUUAGUUUAAUGUUAAGUUAUAUUGUUACAAGUCGCCGAAAUUGACAAUUACAUUUGUUUUACAAUUAUAGAAUUCAAAAAUUAGUAUUUAAAUUAUAAUAGUACGUCCGAUGUCCUGAUAAAUAAAAAGUCUGGGCAUUGUUUGAAUAAAAUUACCUUCAUUGCUUGUCUAUACUUUUCUUUUGAAACUUUCAUUUGGAAAAAUAAAAAGUAUUUAAUUAAUUCGUUAUAUAUUCAGGAUGGAAAAUUUGUUGCAACUGACUUCCUUAAUUUAACAAAUACAAACUGCUAUCUUUGCAAACCUUGUAAAAAGUGUUUCAUAUAUACUAUUAAAGCGAAAGAAAUGGACUUCUUUUUAACAUCGUUGUAAAAACUCUUAAUCAAAAAUAGAUUUCAAUUUGAUUUUUA